AUGGUGUAUCCUUUCCGCCGGGCUGGAGAAAAGCUGAAGACUGUUGCGAAGAUGGAUACGUGGGCGCGAGGUCAAUCCGAAGAGCAGACCACAGCGACGAAACCUUCGACCCGGUGCUAUCUCCUUGAACUGCCAACAGAGCUGCUGCUAGAGAUCAUCUCGCAUCUAUCUGUAAUACCUGAAACUUGCCUGGCUCUGACCUGUAAACGAAUGUUUGCGAUAUCCGGAGCCAUUUUCAGAUCUGUAAGGUUUAGCCAGGAUUUUGCACCUCUAUUCCUUCAUUACCGAAACGGACACAACUUCGUCACCACCCGAUGGCAACUCAUCAAUAUACUAGAGAACAGCAGGUGGUGGGCCUGCUCAAAAUGCUUGAAGCUCCAUCCGCGAGAUGCUUUCUCCUCUCGCGAACUCAGGCGCAAACCAGAGGACCGAGUAUGUCUGUUGGGUAACCUUGCGGGCAUAGUUGACUUGUGUCCCUGCAAGAAAUUGACGUUUCGGGAUAAGAUGGAUCUUGUUGAACUUUUGAAAGUGCGACAGCGGUCGGUUGCCGCCUUACAGUCUCAGUUCGGAGCCAGCAUUCAACAGCGGUUCUGCUGGCAUUCUUGCAUCAAGGACUAUGGCCCUACGCAGCUACAAAUUGAGAUCUAUCCGGAGCUGGACUAUCAAGAUCAGUUGAGAAUCAAGACCGAAUACCGAUUGACAACGGAAUCCGGAAAGCUAGGCAAGGAAGAAUACAUAACGCCCCGGUUCGGAUGUGCUCAUCGAUCAGUCGACCUGUGGCUCUCCAGUGUAUGCCAGACGACUAUUUGCCAAAGCUUCGACAGCAUCUGCGCGUCAUGCAAGCGAAUAUCAUUUUGCAAUUCUUGCAACUCUGUGCUCAAGUGUCCUCGGAGGCAACCUUCCCGUGUUGACCAGGACUCAGGCAGGGCAACUUACCACUUCUGGACCGAGAGAUGCCUUGGUGGCGCGACAUCGACGCCAGAUCAGACGUGGGCUUCUCAACGUAUACAUCCCGCUGAGAAUUCGGUUGAAGUCGACAAUUGCAGCGAGUUAUGCCCUUGGACUGUCCGGGAGCAUCCUCCUCCUACCGGCCCACCUGCUUUGGGAAUGGAUAUCCUUGGUCCUGCAGUCCAAGAUCAGUCAAUGAGUCAGCUUUACACUUCAAUAAACCUGAUUUAA